UUAAUAGUAUCAAUUUAAAUUAUAACACGAGAUACUACAUGUUAAGCUUCAGUCGGCAUUCUGAUUUUCAUGUAGCAGGGACUGUCCACCCUCAAAGCCAUCAAUCAAAUCACGAACUAAUAUAUAUAUAAGUCCGUGAUCAAAUUGUUCGCAGACUACAGCUAGAGACGGUUCAUUUCCACUACCACAGAGUUUGUAUAUUCAACAUGAUUACUUUUGAGCUACGCUGACAACUCGAUGCAACCAGUCUACUUUUGUUUCUGUGGGCGCAAGAAACUACAGCUGCUUUAGCCCUCUGAAAAGAUGGAUGUUGUGGAGUCAGUCUGGAUGAACAAGCAAGUCACCGGCCUCAGACGAUUGCUUUAUUUGGUCUCCCCAAAUGAAACUUCAUUCGAAAAACUUGAGGAAGUGCCCCAAUAUGUAGAAGAGGCUGCCCCUUAUUUUAUGCUCACACUCUUCCUGGAAAAUCUUAUCCUUCUGGCCAAAAAGAUGCCUACCAUGCGACCAAAUGAUGGCUUCAGCAGUAUUGCUCAUGGUUUGCUUUCACUCAUGCAUAGCUUUAUUUUCCGUGGUAUUGAGCUGGCAACAUACAUCUGGAUUUAUGAACGGUUUUGCAUCUACACACUUCCAUGGGAGAGUUCAUGGACAUGGCUUCUGACUAUGUUAGGAGUGGACCUGGGAUAUUACUGGGUUCACCGCUUUGGCCAUGAGGUAAACAUAAUGUGGGCAGGCCAUCAAGUACACCAUAGUUCAGAAGACUACAAUCUGUCAACUGCUUUGCGACAAUCCAUGUUCCACCGUUACAUAACUUGGGUGUUCUAUCUGCCUCUGGCACUAUUUAUACCACCCUCUCAGUUUCAAGUUCAUUUACAGUUCAACCUUAUUUACCAGUUCUGGAUUCAUACAGAGCUUAUCAAUACAAUUGGACCCUUGGAAUGGAUUUUUAAUACUCCAAGCCACCAUCGUGUUCAUCAUGGUAGAAACCCAUAUUGUAUUGACAAAAACUAUGCUGGGGUCUUCAUCAUCUGGGACAGGAUAUUUGGAACAUUUCAACCAGAGAAAGAAAAGGUUGUGUAUGGACUUGUCCAUCCUUUGACUACUUGGGAUCCACUGUAUGGGCAAGUGUGUCAUUUCCUUCACAUUGGUCGCAUGAUGUGUUCUAUGAACACUUGGCAAGACAAGCUCAGCGUCAUCUGGAAGGGGCCUGGCUGGAUGCCUGGGAAGCCCCGGCUUGGUCUGUAUGAAGACCUGCCUCAGGUGGAAUUUCCAGCACAAAAGUAUGACAGCAGCCUUCCUUGGUGGGGCAGUCUGUAUGUUUGGGUGCACUUCCUUCUUCUGACUGCUGCAAACUCUGUCCUGGCCCUCAGAAAAAAUGAGUUGUCAGCAGUUACCAUCACCACGCAUCUGAUUUUCUUGGUGUUUACUCUUUUCUGCUUUGGUAGUCUGUUUGACAACAGGGGGUAUGGUCCUGGUCUUGAGAUGACUCGAUGCAUCAUAUACCUUCUGAUUGCCAGCAUGUACCAGCCAGUCUCACUGCAGUUGUCAGCAUUCAAUGUCAUCUUCUUUCUUUUCUUGGCCUCAGUAUCUAUGUGGUGUUACCUCAUAUUAAGGAAUUUUCAGUUACAACUUUACAAAAAAAAAAGGGUAGAGUGAAGAUCUCCUUUAUUCUUUGGGUGAAAGAGAUCUUCAGUGUCUUUUAUUGAUGGGCUUAUGGAUAUUUUUAACAUUUUAAAAUUAUUGCUUAAUUUUGCAAGCACAUAAUGAUUUAUAGAAAAUAAAUUAAGAAAGCAAAAUAAAAUGUAAUGAAAAAAAUCAUGAUGUAUGAACCAUUGAAAAUAGUUGUGGGGAAGGGGGGUGUAAUGAUUGCAGAUAUCUAGGUAAAGAUAUUAGAUGUGUAGUCAUCGAGGUGUUGAGAAAGGACAAAAUAUGGAAAAACAAGGUAUGUGUGCAUUUUGGUGUACAUAUUUGAAUAUUGAAAGACUUGGUAUUGCAGUCCUUGCAUAAAGCAUGUUCAUCGAUGUAUAGUUUUGUUUUCUGAAUUUUGUUUUUUCAAAAAGUAGUAUUUGUGCCAAAAUAGUGUAAAAUGAUAUAGUUUAACACUGUUUUGAAUAACCAUAAAAAUAGCAUCUAAAAAUGUCUGGAAUGUUCACAAUAUUUUUUGCAGGUUUUAUGUGACUCAUAUAAAUUUUGGUAAAUAUAUGCCUUUGGGAUAGAUCAACUCUCUCUUUACUGCUGAUAUGAAUUGAUAAUUGCAUUUUAAUUGUGAAAUCAGUAUGAUGAUGUCUUUCAGAUCUAUGUCAAAGUGACAGCAAGAACUUGGUUGGGUGCUUAGCUUUAUCUGUUUAUAUUUAUGCAUAUGAUGUUUGAAGCUGCAGGUUUGACAAAUCAGUUAAUCAUCAGAAAGGAUUUUCUACUGUAAUGUGAUGGCGUGAUUGUAUUAAAAAUGGGUGUCUGUCAUCGUUUCAUUAUUUUUUCACAAAGUUGACAAACCGGUGAGUCAUCAAAAGGAAUAUUUUGCUCUGUUGUGACAAUGCAUAAUUUUAUUAAACAUAAGAGUAAUGAUAUGUA